AUGUCGAUUGUGCAUUUGCAAAACGUGGAGAUUGUCAAUCCUGUGGCGCGGUUUUCGGACGCGUACAUCUUUAAAGUCACGUUUGAGUGUAUUGCGCCGCUAGAGGAUGAUAUCGAGUGGAAGCUCAUCUACGUGGGCUCUGCCGAGUCGGAAAAGUAUGACCAGGAAUUGGACAGUUGCAUGGUGGGCCCUGUUCCCGUAGGCGUGAAUUCGUUCGAAUUCGAGGCGGAAGCGCCGUCGCCUGAAAAGAUUCCCGCACACGACUUACUUGGGGUCACGGUGAUCCUGCUCACCGGAUCGUACAAUGACGCGGAAUUUAUCCGUGUUGGGUACUAUGUGAACAAUGCAUACGAGGACGAGGAGCUGCGCGAGAACCCGCCAGAGCAGGUCGAGCUCAAUAAGGUGAGGCGCGAGGUGCUAGCAAGCAAGCCCCGUGUAACGCGCUUCAAUAUCAACUGGAACGACCCGAACCAACCGAUUGCCCCUCCCGAGGAGCUGGCCGAUUUUGGCGGGGCAAACGAUGCCGGCGUCACCGUCGAGACGGUGCCGAAACCGCAAAUGAGCGCUUCAGAGUCCGAUAGUGUGCCAGGCAGCUCGUUUGUCGCGCUGCAGUCGUAG